GAAGCAGGGGAGUAGGGGUACUAUUGGUACGGAAGAGGAAAAGACAAGUCACAGCUUUUGCAAUAAUUGAAACGCAGAGGGUAGUUUUGUAAUGGCAGCUCCACAGAAUACUUUCACUUCUCAUCAUCUUCCAGACAUCUGCAUGUGACCCUAUCCAUCUCUGCUGCUCAAUGCCCCUCUCUUGCUCUUCUUUUAUAUUUCACUGUAAUGUAAAAUCAAUAGAUUUUGGUGAACUUUAGAAUAAUUUAUUUCACAUUCUUGUCUCUUUUGUAAAGCUUACAACUAACAAUGGCAAGAUGAAUUGAAAAUUCCCAAUCUGUUUCCAACUAUAACCCAUGUUCUGGUUUCUUGCUUAGAUAACCCCAUCUCUCUCUUUCUCUCGCUUAAUCUUUCAAGAACUCCCUUUUCUUGCAUUUCUCUGGGUUUCAGCUGAGCAUCUUCACUGGCGAGAAAGAAAAAGUUUGUCAAUCGCAAUAUUCUAUUUUUCUUUGGCAUCUUUUUAUUAUUUUCAGCCUCCACCAUUUCUUGUAUAGUUGUUCUCGGUUCAGAUUUCCAAAUUAACUGGGCAGUGUUGAUUUGAAGUUUGGGAGGGUUUUCAUGAGCAUUCUUGUUGCAAAGCUUUCAUGCAUCUAAAGCUUGGAAUUCCAUUGCCCAUACGAGAUUCGUGAAGGGUUCUUGAGGGAAAGUAGUAAUGGAGAAGAUCCAGAAGGGAGAGCUCUUGGGUCUUCUAUAUCUGGUGAUAAUAUUCAUGUCUGUUAGCGCUGGAGAAGUUGAGUCAAAAUCUUUUUUUAUAAAUUGUGGGACGAAUACCAGUGUUAAUGUGGACGAUAGGAGAUGGGUUGGAGACAUGGUUCCUAACAACAAUUUCACCCUUGCUUCUUCCCCUUUGUCCACCACCACCUCUAAUGCAAGUGGUGUUUCCACCUUGGGGUCAUUAUAUGGAACUGCUCGGAUCUUCACUGAUGCUCUUAACUACACAUUUGAAGGAAUUAAGGGAAAUUACUUUAUUAGACUCCAUUUCUGUCCUUUCCCUUUUGAUAAUUAUACUAUAAAUGAAUCCUCGUUUACUAUCAUGGCUAAUGGUCUGAAACUGGUGUCUGAGUUCAAUGUUCCGAGCAAGAUUUCACAUAAGAAUUCGUACUUGCAGAGCUCCAGUAGCAAUUCAAGUUCUUUCUCUUUGGUUAGAGAAUACAUUCUAUUCAUUUUGGAUGUUCUUGUGCUUGAGUUUGUUCCAUCUAAAGGAUCAUUUGGGUUCAUAAAUGCCAUAGAGAUUGUCCCUGCAGCGGAUAAUCUUUUCAAAGAAACUGUCAGUAAAGUAGGGGGAAAUGAUGCAAAUCUCAAGUUGGGCGGACAGGGGAUUGAAACUGUGUACAGGUUGAAUGUUGGGGGCCCUGAGAUCAAACCUAAACAGGAUUCAGACUUCUGGAGGACGUGGGAAGUGGAUUCCAGCUACAUGAUCAUAGAAAGUGCUGGUUUUGAAAUCCAUAAUAGUUCAAAUAUAACCUAUGCUUCUAUUAACGGUUCCUCAGUGGCUCCUCUUCUUGUAUAUGAAACAGCAAGAACUAUGUCCAACACUGAAGUCCUAGAGAAAAGGUUUAAUAUGUCAUGGAAAUUUGAAGUGGAUCCUGAUUUUGAUUAUUUAGUCCGGUUACAUUUCUGUGAACUGGAGUAUGACAGGGCAAACCGGAGGAUUUUCAGGAUCUAUAUAAACAACAGGACAGCUGCUGAUAACUUUGAUGUCUAUGUGCGAGCAGGGGGGGAGAAUAAAGCAUAUCAUCAAGAUUAUUUUGAUGCAGUCUCCUCCAAUAUCAACACGCUGUGGAUUCAACUGGGCCCUGACACUGCAGCUGGUGCUUCAGGAACUGAUGCUUUGCUGAAUGGGCUGGAGAUUUUCAAGCUGAGUCGAAAUGGGAAUCUUGCUUAUGUUGAGAAGUUCAAUUCAGCUGGGAAUUCUAUUAAAAAUUCAAAAUCUUGGAUUCUUUGGGUGGUAAUUGGAGCAGGUGGAGUUUGUAUCCUCAUUCUUGCAACUGCAUUUAUUCUCGUCUUUUUCUUUUGCAGAACUCGUAAAAAAGAAUUGAGUGACACCAAAGACAAUGCUACUGGAUGGCGGCCGCUCUUCCUGCAUGGUUCUAUUGUAAGUAGCAUAGGUCAUGGCAAGGGAGGAGUCCAAAAUUCAAAUGGAUCUACUGCAUCCACUAGAGUGGGCAAGCGGUUUACAUUGGCAGAGAUUCGUGCUGCAACGAAUAAUUUUGAUGAAAGUUUGGUGAUUGGAGUUGGAGGUUUUGGCAAAGUGUACAAAGGGGAAAUUGAAGAUGGAACCCUUGCUGCAAUCAAGCGAGCAAACCCACAAUCUGAGCAAGGCCUGGCUGAAUUUGAAACGGAGAUUGAGAUGCUCUCAAAGCUGAGGCAUAGGCAUCUGGUCUCCAUGAUUGGGUUCUGUGAAGAGCAGAAUGAGAUGAUCUUGGUUUAUGAGUACAUGGCAAAUGGGACUCUUAGAAGUCAUCUUUUUGGGAGUGAUCUUCCUCCCUUAACUUGGAAGCAGAGGCUAGAAGUAUGCAUUGGCGCUGCACGGGGACUUCAUUACCUUCAUACAGGAGCAGACCGGGGGAUAAUUCACAGGGAUGUUAAGACAACCAAUAUACUGCUUGAUGAAAAUUUUGUAGCAAAAAUGUCGGAUUUCGGGUUGUCGAAAACUGGUCCAGCUUGGGACCACACCCAUGUUAGUACAGCAGUGAAAGGAAGCUUUGGAUAUCUUGACCCUGAAUAUUUUCGUCGACAGCAGUUAACUGAGAAAUCUGAUGUUUACUCUUUUGGUGUAGUGUUAUUUGAAGUUGUUUGUGCUCGAGCUGUUAUAAAUCCAAGCUUGCCAAAAGAUCAGAUCAAUCUCGCAGAGUGGGCAAUGAGGUGGCAGCGGCAAAGAUCUCUCGAAACCAUCACUGAUCCAAAUCUGACUGGAAAUUACUGCCCUGAGUCCCUGAAAAAGUUUGGGGAGAUAGCAGAAAAAUGUCUUGCAGAUGAAGGGAAGACUCGGCCUACAAUGGGGGAAGUUUUGUGGCAUUUGGAAUAUGUCUUGCAACUGCAUGAAGCUUGGAAGAUUGCUGGUGUUACAGAAAGCUCUAUAUCAGGUAAUCAAGCAAUGGAGGAUCUAGAAGAGAGAGUGCAAGGAAAGGAGCAGCAACCUUCCAAUGAAGGGACCAGUAAAUGUGAACGUGAUGGAUGAAAGAAUCCAGAGUAUAUGCAUAGAUGUGGUCAUUAUAUUGAUAUUAUGAUGUUUUAGUGUUAUCUAUUCUUUUAUUUUGUUCUUUCUGAUUAAGCAUUGAGCAGGAACUCUACAGUGGUUAUACAUAGUGAGGGAGGUAAAUUGUAUUGGUUGUAAUUUUUUGUUCCUUACAUGAAAAUUACCUGGAAGGACCUCCA